AUGGACAACCUUUCUGACUUCGGUGGUCCCUGUCCGUCCACCCGCAGGGAAUGGGACACCAACAGCUGUGUGGAUGAUUUAAUGGACGAAGAUGAGAAAGACAGGGCAAAAAGGGCAUCCCGUAACAAGUCGGAAAAGAAAAGACGGGACCAAUUCAAUGUGCUUAUCAAGGAGCUAUGCACCAUGCUGCAGGGUCAAGGUCAUCCACGCAAAAUGGACAAAUCCACCAUAUUGCAGAGGACCAUUGACUUCUUGCAGAAACAGAAAGACAUCACUGCACAGAACGACACCUGCGACGUGCGGCAGGACUGGAAGCCUUCGUUCCUCAGUAACGAGGAGUUCACUCAGCUCAUGCUGGAGGCCCUGGAUGGUUUCUUGGUUGCGUUAACUACAGAUGGCAACAUCAUAUACGUGUCUGACAGCGUGUCCUCACUUAUUGGCCAUUUACCGUCAGAUAUGGUGGACCAAAACAUCUUGAAUUUCCUCCCGGAGCGGGAACACGGGGAGGUGUAUAAGCUGCUAUCAUCCCACAUGCUGAUGACUGACCCCAUUGCUGCUGACUUCCUUGACAGUGAUGCACAUAUUGAAUUUUGCUGUCAUCUAGCCAGAGGCAACAUAGACCCAAAGGAGCCACCGGUAUACGAAUAUGUUAAGUUUGUUGGAGAUUUCAAGUUUCAUAACAAUGUGCCUACACCUUCUUGUAACGGGCUUGAUCUGCCGUUGCCAAGAAGUCUGCAGUCAUCGCUGGAGGAGCAGGUCUGCCUCAUUGCCACUGUCCGAUUAGUCACUCCACAGUUUUUAAAGGAUUUGUGUAAUGUGGACGAUCCCUGUGAUGAAUUCACCUCCAGACACAGCCUUGAAUGGAAGUUCUUGUUCUUAGAUCACAGAGCUUCACCAAUCAUAGGCUAUCUACCUUUUGAGGUUCUUGGGACGUCUGGUUAUGAUUACUACCAUGUGGAUGACUUGGAUCUCAUCGCCCAGUGUCACAAGCAAUUAAUGCAGUUUGGAAAGGGCAAGUCUUGCUAUUAUCGCUUCCUGACCAAAGGUCAGCAGUGGAUUUGGUUGCAGACUCACUACUACAUCACUUACCACCAGUGGAACUCCAAACCGGAGUUCAUUGUCUGCACGCACACUGUUGUCAGCUAUGCUGAAGUGCGCGCUGAAAGGAGAAGAGCGUUCGGCCUUGAGGAGCUGUCUCCACCUGAGAUAGCUCCAUCUUCAGUGAAGGCUCAAGAGUUGUACUUGGACAUCUGCUCCACAUUGGACGCUCCUCGGGACAGAAACAGCGGCGCACGUUCGGUGUCCUCCCACAGUUCCCGGAAGUCCUCCCACACAGCGCUGUCUGACUCUGCAUCAGCGAACUCCUACACCGAGGCCUGCACACCGUCAUGGCAGUCUGCUUCCAUCGGGCCCGAAAAGACAUCUGCCAGGCAUCAGUCCAGCAGCUCAAAGAAUUUGGCACAGAGACAAAAUUCCUUUGACCUUGUUCCCCAAAUGAGCCUCCCCCUCUCUCCUACCUGCAGCAAGCACUCCACAAUGCAACAGCAACAACCGCAGCAGCAGCAACCACAGCAGCAGCAGCAGCAGCAGCAGCAGCAGCAGCAGCCGUCGUCGUCCAUGUACCAGCUGCAGCAGCCUCAGCUCGGCGUGAUGAACCAGCUGAAGGAGCAGCUGGAGGAGAGGACGCGCAUUCUGCAGGCAGACAUCAAGACUCAGCAGCAGGAGCUGCACGACAUCAAGGAGAAGCUUCACCUGGCCAAUCUGCAGAUGUUGCUCCAGCAGCCAAUCCACAACGACUUCGGUCAGACCCCGCAGCAGCCUCAGCAGCAGGGUCCGGGAAGGCCGGUCCAGCAGAGCCAGGCGGGGGUCAUCAGACAGCUCUCGGGACCCCCGAAAGCACCGGCCUGCGGGGCCCACAGCUCGUCUCCUCACUCUCUCCUGAGAGAGAACAGCUCGCCCUCCACACAGGUCCAGCAGAGGAUCGCACGGAGCGGGCAGGCGCAGUCGGUGAGUCUGCCGGUGCAGACGAACACGAGCCUGACCAUGCCUUUCUAUAGCAACCCCAUGAUGUUCUCUCAGACCAACACAAGGCCUCAGCAGGAAGCAAACCAAAGACACUCGGACAACCAGUUCAGCCAAGAAGGACAGCUAAGAAUGCUCCUCAACCAACCAAUGCAGACACUGGUUCCCACGAGCAGCGUCACCACGCAGCCUUCCCAGUGCAACAUGGGCAUCUCACAAACCAUAUACACCUUGGAGCAGCAGAUCAUAGCCCCGCCGUUCUCCAUGCAACAGGUCAACUGCAACGCCGUCCUCGUGCCCUCUCCGGUCUUCACGUCGCCCGUGAUGAUCCCACACAACAGCUUCAUGACGCACCAGGCCCAGUCCACCUACCACGCUCAGCCCCAGGCCUCUCAGCACUCCCUGCAGCUCCAGCAGCCCCAGCAGUUCUUUCAGAUGGCUCAAGGACUUGUGCAUGGCGGAUCUACUCCAGCGUUCUUACACACCACUAACGUCCCCCAGCAAAGCACUGUGGGAUACAUCCAGCAGCAGCCGCAGACGCAGCAGCUGCCUCUGGCACAGCAGCAGCAGCUGGCGCAGCCGCCGCCGCAGCAGCAACGGCAAUACCAACAUUCCCAAAACCAGACUGGCAGUGUUUCAGACUUUCGAAAUAUGCUGACUCGGUAGCACUGUGGACCUCGUCGGAGCACCGAGAUCCGGCGCUGUGACGGCAGAGCCGGGGGAAGGGGACGCGGCAUCCGGGUGUCAAAUUUGGUGUCAACGUCACUCGAAGCGACGGUACUUUUGGCGCGAGGCUGCCCGUUCGGAGCAGGCCGGCCCGCGCGUCACCGGAGUGAGACGCCAGGCGGAGGCCGGGCGCAGAGCCCGACGGCGCCUCCCGGACCUGAACAGACAACCCCGAGGCGCCGAGCCGAGCCGGGCCGGGCCAGGCCGGGCCGGGCCGUCAGUGAACCUGCUGGAACAAGUGGAUUAUCAAAGCUCUUCAGAAGGCGCUUUCACCUGUUUACACGUGGAAGAUUUGGCCGGAGAGAGUUUUUCUUCUAAGUAUCUGUUUGCACUUUGGUACCAACCCCAAUCCAAAAGUAGAAUAUUUAUUUUUGCCUGUGAAUUAAUGUUCUCUUUUCUCCACUAAUAAUAACAAUGAGAUUAUUUUCCACCCUCCCCAAGAACCUUAACACCCCGGCAAGGUUUUUUUUCCCCCCCUCCCCCUAAUAAAAAUAGUUAAUCUGAUAAAGGGAUCGUGUCCAUGUGAAGUCAGCAUUUCAGUCAACAGACGUCAGGUCGCCCCCAUUCGUUCCCCAAACUGUGAUUUAUGGAUGGAUGGUUCAUGAGAGGCUUCAGUGUGCAGUACGGAGGUGAUCACCAUAUCACAAAUCAAGUUUGGUCAGAAUUCACAUGUAACAUGAACCGGAGUCGGGGUGGGGGAGUGGGGGCUCUUCUCCAAAUAUUACCAAGGUCUUUCUCGAUUUUUAAAGCCUCAAUCUGGAAAUGAAGAAGGAGUUGUAUUACUGUCCCACUUCUUCUCACAGAGAAUGACGCUGAAGCUCAGAAGAUGUAGUUUUAGGUGCUGCUGAUGAGGGAAAAAAAAUAUUGUGCCUUCUGUCAUGGUGCAGCCAUGAUGCGGUUUGAUGGUUACGUCUGAUUACGGCUUUAAAAAUCCAGCUCAGGUCUGUUUGGAAUACAAAGCUCUAUUUUCAUAAGGUCAUAAUUUAUUAUUUUCCACAACAGAUUAAAGAAAGACAUCUAGAUUUUGUACCUGGUAAAUUACAAAUAUAUACCUUUCCAUGUCCACUGAGUCCCAAGUAUUUAAGCUCUUUCUAUAUUGAUGACAUCUAAUUGAUUAGAUCAUUAUAUUUGCCUAAAACCCAAUGAAAAGUCACGUUUAUUUAUUGUAUAUUUGUAACAUGAUGUGAGAAUAACAAGGUAGAUUUAUACACUAAAUUGAAUUUUUAAGCGAAAAGUCGCCGCAGGUCCUUUAUGUCCUGUCCCGUCUCAGUUUAAAACUGAUUUCAGUACGCCUCCUUUUGCAGCGCAACGCAGGUGUCAUUUGAACAGUUGCGAAGUAAGAAACAAACCGCAUUUCACUGACUGUUCAAACAUUCUGGCCUCUAUUUCAAGAUGUCGCAAUUUCUCUGAGUUGUACUGAUUUAGACUUUUUCGAUGACAAUCGUCGGAGAUUACAUUUUGAAGACAGUAGUUUGGCGAAAUAACUAAGAACUCAAAGCGUCGUUUUAAAAUGAAAAGUAAACAGGUGCAGAGCUUUUAAAGCUCAAGCUGUAAUGCUGGAUUGGACUUGUCCUUUCGAGGUACACAAUGUAUUUCGUAUGGGAAUAGAAUGCCUGGAAAUAGAAGUGUCCCAGUACAGAGUAACCAAGUCGUACAUUCUGUACUUUGAGGAAUAUGUUGCCAGAUUGCAGCUCCGCAUCUAUAAAGGAAGAGCAGUUGUUUUCAAAGCGGAUUUGAGUCCAUCGGUGGAGCCAGAUUAACGGUUGAACAAUGAGGACGAAGUUUAGUGGAAAUCCCUGUUUUGUUCGAGACAAUCAGACUGACGUAUACCGUUUAAAAAAAACAAACUGCCUGUGUCCCAGCCACACUUGAAAAUUUCAGAUUGAAUUGUCAUCAAAUGUAUUCCCCCGGACAGUUCAAUGAGAAAAAAAAAAAAAGAAAAAAAAGAAAACGCUGACUCGCUUUGACUUUAGCUCCUGUUUCAUAUUGGAUGAUCAGGCGCAAAACUUACAUGUACAUUCAGUGCCGUUUUACACUUUUCUAUGUGCAAUGUCAAUUUGAAGAGAAGAAUGUUAAUUUAUACUGUUGUAACUGUCGCAGAACAGAUGUACGAUGUAUAUAGAGGUGUAUAAUAAGCCAUUGUACCAUGUAAAUUAUAUGGAAGUAUUUUUUUAACAAAAAAAAAAAAAAGUCCUUCACAUUCCUUCACCUCUCGAUAUCAGCAGUAUCUUUUUUUUUUCUUUCUUUCAAAAAAAAAAAAAAAAGGUACAAAACGUGUCCACUGAAGUCUAUGAUUACCGUAAUUACACUUUGUCUGCAUGGGAAUGUAAAGCAGAGUGUUUUUUUUUUUUUUUUUUUCUUGCCAUCACCAAACAGAAGCUCUGGGGCGGAGGGGCUGAAGUUCACUAUAAGACGACAGAAGAAACUCAGUAGAGGAAGAUAGAUGCUCACAGCAGGAGGCAGCCAAACCUGCCCCGGCCGAGUCGUCACUGCUGCUACGUCCACCACACACACACACACACACACACACACACACACACAUACACACACACAGUUCAGCCAAAAACAUAGAGAAGUCAUCGGAGCAGGUUUUAGGGACGAACACGGUGAAAGAAAACUGUCAGUAAAAGGUUCAAUUCAGCCAGCAAACUCUGAGGUGCCAUAGACAACUGUAUUUAUGUUUUCCUCGAAUAAUCAAUUCUAUUUUAACUACUGAAGAAAGACACUUUUUCUGGGGGGGGUCUGGGUGGGGUUCAGUGUUGAAGAAUAUCAGCUGAGUUUCAGUCGUUCACUCGGAGGUUUCCCAUCCGUGUUCGUAUACAGAGCGACCGUCGAGUUGUUUGCCUUGCAAAUGUGGCCGAGGGAAACUCUGCUCAUUAAACUCCAUUAUUUUGCUUUGGAUGUGAGACGAUUGUUAGGUCUUUUUUUUUUUUUUCUUUCCCUUCGUUUGUUUGUUUCCUGUUUAAGGUAUGUCAGUUGCUUCACGGAUUUGUUGUAAAUAAUCCAUCCGCUCAGUCGGCGCCGUUUUACUUUUGUUGUCGAGUUACAAAGCUCUGUCCAGCUGUAGUCUCUGCACCUUGAUUGUUUUUUUUUUCUUUUUGUUUGUUUGUUUGUUUCUUCCCUUCAACUUUCAGAAUGCAUUUCUUCUUCAUGGGAUUUUUCAUUGUGUGUCUGUUUUCUUUUGAAGGUAUGUGAAUUUAAUCACAUUUUACUUGUAUUUUUUUUUUUUUGUUUUUUUCCUGAUUUGUAAAGUAAUGACUCACUUGUGUGUGAAAGUGGGCAGUCAGAUCAAUGCUUUCUGUGUAAGACUUUCCAGGAUAAGAACAAAACCAACCUGGUAUAUAAAUAUAAAUAUAUAUAUAUAUAGCCAUUUCUGCAGUUUCAAUGCAGAAGCAAACAUUGAAUAUAUUGUAUAAUAGAAUGUAAAAAAACAACAACAAAAGUUUAGGCUACAUAGAUGUUAUUUUAUAUGUCUAAUAGAUUACAUAUGUAUGUUACAUGAUUUUAAAAUUAAAGUAAUUUUGUAACAGAUAA